CUUCGGCAGUCGUCGGCGAACUGCCUAGCGAGCGGUUGUUUCCGUGCGAGUCGUAAUGAGAUUGUCACUUAAAUGUCAAAUGAAAUGAUUUUCGAAAAUAAUAGUAACAUGUGUUUCGUAAUAACCUAAACAUUAAUGGCCACAUAACCUUUUUAGUGUUCGUCAGUGAAUAUUAGCGUAUUAGCCGUUUAAUCUUUUGAUUUUACGUAGCGAAUUUAUAGUAUGGGAUCAGAUCGUGAUUGUGUUUUCGCUCGCUACUAAAACAUUCUGGGUCGGUCGAGAGUCGGAACUUGAAGAUUAUGGUUAGAAACUUAUGUAGUGUUUCGUGUUAAUUAGAGAGAUGUUGUGAUCCACGAUGGACCGCGUGAGUGGCGUGUGUAGGUUUGGCGGAGUGGUGUCGGCAGUCAGGACGCGAACCGGUAGAAGUCGGCGGCGUUUGCCGGGCCAGGGUCAGGUCGCUGAAGAGAUGCCGGAUCCUCCGCGACGAGGGCUCGGAGCAAUCAUCGUUUUAGCCUGCGUGCUGGUCUACCACAACUGCCUGUACUGCGGCUUCGUCUUCGACGACAUAAGUGCCAUUAAGGAAAACAGAGACCUGAGACCUCAGACUCCUAUUUCGAAUAUUUUCCUCAACGAUUUUUGGGGCACUCCUAUUCAUAAGGAACAAUCCCACAAAUCAUACCGUCCGUUGACGGUGCUCACGUUUCGAUGGAACUACGCUGUACACGGUCUGCAGCCAGCGGGCUACCAUCUAGUCAACUUGCUGCUGCAUGCCCUGGUCUCCUUGCUGUACUAUAGGGUUUGCGCGAUGUUCCUGCCAGAGUUCGCAAGUUUCGUGGCCGCCAUAUUGUUCGCCGUGCACCCCAUUCACACGGAAGCGGUAACGGGUGUGGUUGGUAGAGCGGAGAUGCUGUCUUCUCUGUUUUUCCUCGGCGCAUUAUUGUGUUACGCCAGAGCGGCCAACAGGAGACGAUAUACAGAUUGGCGGUACGUAGCGGCGUGUACCGCAUGCGUGGGUAUCGCUAUGCUGUGCAAGGAACAAGGCAUCACCGUCACCGGAGUGUGCGUUGUGUACGAGCUCUUCGUCGCUCAGAAGCGCCGAAGUUCAGGAGGCGGUAGCCGGUGGUCGUGGAUGGACGCGUGGGGCAAGGGAUCCGGGUGGGGUGCGCCUGUGGUGAAGCUGCUAGGCGGGUGGCCACCGUCUGCUGCGCCACCCUGGCACCCUGGCUGCUAG